AUGGAUCUACAGCUGGCAGGGAGAAGCCACUUUGUGUACAUUUUCAAAUAUAUUAAAAAGAAGUCAGACAGCAGAUCCCAGGUACAGAGGGCACGCUAUGAGGCAGCUAACUGGAAAUACAAGUAUGGCUAUGAGAUUUCUGUGGACAUGCUGUGUAAAAGAAUUGCUGAUAGUUCUCAGGUCUACACACAGAAUGCUGAAAUGAGGCCACUUGGUUGUUGUAUAAUUUUAAUUGGCAUAGAUGAAGAACAAGGCCCUCAGGUGUACAAAUGUGAUCCUGCGGGUUACUACUGUGGGUUCAAAGCCACUGCAGCAGGAGUUAAACAAACUGAGUCAACCAGCUUCCUUGAAAAAAAAGUGAAAAAGAAAUUUGAUUGGACCUUUGAACAGACAGUGGAAACUGCAAUUACAUGCCUGUCUACUGUCCUAUCAAUUGAUUUCAAACCUUCAGAAAUAGAAUUUGGAGUAGUUACAGUUGAAAAUCCUAAAUUCAGGAUUCUAACAGAAGCAGAGGUUGAUGCUCACCUUGUUGCUCUAGCCGAGAGAGACUAAACAUUGUCAUUAGUUUACCAGAUCCAUGAUGCCACUUGCCUAUGUGUUUGGUAACACUGUACCAACAUUAUGGAGGCCACUAGAUUGAAAAAGGAAC